UAUGCGGUGAAAACGGCGCGUACUACAAGAAAAAAAAUGCUGUUGGCUUUUCCACGAGGAGUUUUCGUAUUGUUGCAACACUGAGCCAAUCGCCGUAUCUGAAGCAUCUGUAAAUAACGCCAGAGGUAGUUCAGAAUUGAGAAAAGACAACAGUGCCGUGUUCACCAGGCUUUUAUGGUUGAUUUUCAUGAAGAUGGAGUGUCAGUAGCAUUUGAAAAUGACUGGCAGCCACAAACAAAGUUUCCCUUUCGCCGAGUUCGAUUACCUCCUUCACAAAAAGAGGAUGAGAAAAAAGACUUUGCAGAAAGACAGGAAGUUGAGGUUUUUUCUCGUUCCAAUGAUCAAGAAGCUUGUGGUUGGUGGAAAGCUCUAGUUAAAAUGUCCAAAGGAGGUUUUCAUGUUGUGGAAUACGUUGGUUGGGAAACUACAUGUACUGAAAUUGUUCCAAGUGACAGACUUAGAACAAAAAAUACGAAGUUAGUUCAAAAAAGCCCUCCAAUUACUAAAAACACCUUUAAGGUGUUUGAACUAGAAGUACCUGAAGACUUGCGUGAAUAUGCCAAAGUGGAAUCAGCUCACAAAGAGUUCAAGAAAGCCAUAGGAGCUGCAAUAUGCCGUUUUGAUCCUGAGAAAAAUUGUUUAACUAUAAUAGCCAAGUCAGAUACAGCCAAAAAACGUGCUUCAAUGUUAUGUGAAAUGCAUUUUCGAAAUCUAAGGCAGAAAGUCCUGCUCCUAAGUAGAACUGAAGAAGCAGCAAGGCAAUUAGAAAAUACUCGGUUGAAUUCAAAUUCAGGCUAUGUAGAAGAAUUUCAAGUAAGAGAAGACUUAAUGGGUUUAGCUAUAGGUGCUCAUGGAGCUAACAUCCAAAAUGCUAGAAAACUUGAAGGUGUGACAGGAAUUGAUUUAGAAGAAGCUACAUGCACUUUUAAAAUCUAUGGUGAUUCUGAAGAGGCUGUUCGUAAAGCUAGAAAUAUGCUAGAAUAUUCUGAAGAACUUGUGCAAGUUCCUCGUUCAUUAGUUGGAAAGGUGAUUGGAAAGAAUGGUAGAAUCAUACAAGAAAUGGUCGACAAGUCUGGUGUUGUAAGAGUGAAGAUUGAAGGUGAUAAUGAUAACCAAACUCCCAGAGAGGAGGUUCCGUUUGUUUUUGUUGGAACUGUGGAAUGCAUCACUAAUGCAAAAGUACUUCUUGAAUACCAUUUAGCACAUUUAAAAGAAGUUGAAAAAUUAAGGCAAGAUAAGAUGGAAAUUGACCAACAACUUAGAAAUCAAGUAGGAUCAAUUCCCAACUAUCCUAUUCUGAGACGUGGUGGAUUUGAUAGAUCUUACCCUGACACUGAAGGUGGCAGAGGGAGAAAUAAUUUGCCACAUGGUAGAGGUCGUGGAGGACCUACAAUUAAUUCUAAUCGUCGUUGGAGUGGAAUCUCUUCAAGAUAUUCAAAUAACCCAGGUCAUCGUCGUGACAUCACUGAUCGAGAAGACAAAAAUUAUGAUCUGCCAUCUCGACAAAGAGGGCGAAAUGACCGUCGAAGGGUAACUGAUGAAGAUGAGUCUGUAUUGGAUAGCCAUGAAGUUUCAAGUAUUGCCAGUAUGGACCAAGAAAGCAUAUCAUCAGUUGAAGGAUCUCGAAAUCGUAGACGUAGGAAGAAGAAAAAAUCUAGGUAUCACGGAGAAAACAAUGCAACGGAGGAUUACAGAAGCUCUGGAUUUUCUGAACCUUCUACACAAACUUCUUCAGAGCGAUUACACAGUAGUAGCUUUCAAAAUACCUCUGAGCCUUGCACAAAUGGUGAAGAUAUGAAAGUGUUGAAGAAUAAUAAUUUACAUACUUCUAAGCAACAUACUUCUAGAUCCUUAAAUAAUUUGUCUAAUAAAACUGAACUUUCUGUCUCAAAGGAAAAUUCAGUCAUCAAUGGAACGCCUUAAAAUACAUUUUCUUAGUUCUUUUCUAUUACACAUACUGCUGAUGCAAUUUCAGAAUUAAGCUUUAUUGAUAUAAAAAGAGGCUAUUUUUUUCAUCAAAUUAACUUGUAAUUUUCUACUGUGAGAUUUGUGUUUGUUAUUAUUAAUUUAAUGAAUAUAUUCAGUCAUUUUGAAAUAUUUCCUUGUUAAAAAAUUCCUGAUAGUCAGUUAUGCGCUUUAUCUACCCAUUCCUGAUUUAGGAGGAUUUAUAAUUUGAUAUAUGAAGUUUUAUAGGAGUGUGUGAUAACUGUUUUCUUUGAUAACUACUUAGACUGUGCCUUGUGAUGUAAAUAUAAAUCGCCUAACAUAAAAUUAUUUAUUGUUUCA